GCAGUGGCUCUGUGCGGACCAGAUACAGUGAUCCUACCCGACAAGCGCUAUCUUCAUCAUCCCCAUCUGCAUAGACAAGUCAUAACGAAUACCGCGGCCACGUAUCUCCAGCUAUGGCUCUUUCAAAGCACACUACACCAUUAGGGUAUCUGCUACCUUCCAUUCACUCUGCACCGCCUUUCUUCACACAGCAACCCAACGUCGCCACACAAGCCAUCCUCACUGAACAGUGGUCCAGACUGAUCCUCUCGUACGCGCGGCAUCGCCAGCUGUUCUACAUACGUGUGGAGGACGCCGAGACUGCUGGAAAUGACUGGGACGAGAUUCUGCGAAAUGAACGGAUAAACCGACGCAUCACGCCAUCACAUCUCUCACUCAUUCUUGCCGACAUGGUCACGAAGAAUCGAGCUGUGUACGAGCCCGCUAAGCAGACACGAACUGUCUUGCUUCACUGGCGACAACCAGAGGAAUGGGCAGAAGUUCUACAUGACUGGGCAUCAUCAACCGGUCAACUGAACACUAUCCUGACAUUCUACGAGAUCAUCGAGCCACCGGUACCCUCACCGCUAUUAGGCAUUCCAACCACCCUCUUGCGCAAGGCAGUGAACACCUUGACAAAGACAAAUCGGGCACAAAUCAUUGCUGUGUCGGAUGGGGAAGGUGUCCGAUUACUGGGCGGGAACCCUGGGAAGUGAACCAUAUACCCCAAGCCCAUAACUACGUGUAUCAGUAACAUACCCUCGCGUAAAAACCGUUGGAAAUGCUACCGACCAUAUAUCAUGACUAUAUACCCCAUCACGACUGGACCUGCACUCUGCUCCUCGUAGCCGCCACAACAAUACUCGAAACGCUGGUCGCCACAGCACAAACCCCGACGAAUAUCUCCAGCGCCUGGA